AUGUCUGCCGAGAACUUCCUUACGCCUAACGGCGACCACGCAACGCCGUCUUCGCCGAUGUCCAACGGCAACCUCAAAAGCAAAGGCAUCGUCGUGUUCUCGGGCGGAAGCGCUGCAAACAAUCUAGUCGAUGUGUUUAAGAAAGUCAGAGAAGACAAGAGAUGUCCGCUGAGCUAUGUCAUCCCUAUCAGUGAUAACGGCGGCAGCUCGUCUGAGUUGAUACGCGUCUUCGGAGGACCAGGUCGUCUUGUCCGCCUGAUCCCGGAUGACCCAGAUCACGAUGAUAGCGAAAAAGCAGCUAUCAAGACCUUCUUCAACCACAGACUGCCCAAAGAACGCUCUUCAGCCCGAGAUGAAUGGCUGCAGAUUGUAGAGGCUGAGCAUGCACUCUGGACAAACAUCUCGACGGCGAAGAAAGAGCUUAUACGAUCGAUACUCAAUGUUGUCGCAUACGAGAUCGUCAAGCGUCGCCGGCCCUCAUCGACUUUUGACUUCUCAGGUGCGAGUAUCGGUAACUUGUUUCUUACUGGCGCUCGACUCUUCACUGGCUCAUUUGAGUCAGCCAUCUAUCUACUCUCCAGCAUCUGUUCUGUGCCCAGUCACACAUCAGUCUUACCGGCGAUCAACACCAACUUCACGCACCACAUCUCAGUCAGCCUCGCAAACGGCGACACCAUCACCGGCCAGAACUCCAUCUCACACCCUUCCAUAUCCACAGCCCUGGUAUCGGGAGGUGCACCAAUAAUCGAUGAGACCGAACAGCACGAUCGAAUCGAAGACGCCAAUUUACCCGGAUCUUUACCCACUCUUCGAAAGCAAUACAUUACCUUCUCCAAAGCGGAUGAAGAGGAGCUGCCAGCCAGAAUCGAAAGACUUUGGUAUAUCAAUCCUUAUGGCCAAGAGAUCCGGCUUUCCGCGAACCCAACGGUUCUCAAUGCAUUGAACGACGCGCAGGCUGUCAUAUACAGCAUCGGCUCGCUCUACACAUCCAUCAUCCCUUCAUUGGUUCUCAAAGGUAUCGGCGAAGCCAUCAGCAACCCCGCGAUCCGCUAUAAGAUCCUCAUCCUCAACUCGACCAUCGAUCGCGAGACAGGACCGUCGUCCAACCCCUACUCCGCCCUUGAUUUCGUAGCCGCUAUCGCGAAAGCAUGUGAAGACUCCAAGAGCGUGUUUGGGCCUCUUGACAAGAGUCAGUACAAGAAAUACGUCACGCACAUCAUCCAUCUCCAAGGGCCAGGGACGCCGGCAGUCGACCGAGACGAGCUCAAGAGUAUUGGCAUCGAACCUAUUCGCGUCUAUGGGAAGAAACAUGAGGGCGAGAACUUUGUUAGGUAUGAUGGCACGGCUUUAAUUCAGGCGCUUGAAGUUACGAUGGGGAAGAGGGAUCCGAGGAUGCCUAGUCGGAGGAAUACGCUGGAAGGGCCGGCGAGAUGA